UAUCAAUCAACCAAGCAUGACAGCAUUGAGGUCAAGGAACUUCAAGAGGAAAUCACCGAGCUGAAGAGCAAGGUCCGCAAACAGGAAAAGCGCAUUGUUGACCUUGAGACGCGGAUUGCAGCAUUGGAGAAGGAAAACGACGAGGAAGACGGAGCUGAUGAAAUUGCCUAA